AUGGUCUAUGCAGAGAACAUAUCCAGGAAUGGAACCGUGCUUGCUCGUGAAUGUCCUGCCGAGGAUGGCUCAACCACUAGACUCGACCACAAGCUCAACAUAUCAAUGGGUCCGGUGCUUCUUCAACACGGCGAUUGCUUGUACUUCUCAAAGUCAACCUUUGUUCAAUACAGCAAGCGUGAUCCCGAUGACGAUCUCAACAUGUCGUUCAUCAUGGACUGCGAAGUCAAGCGGUUCCAAGAAGAGUUUGCAGUUUACCCUCGCCUCAUUAGCGCUGGUGGCCAAGGUAAGGUGUUUGUUGCCUGGGAUCACAAAGCUGGGCAGCAAGUCGCUUGCAAAGCUGUCUCUUUGGCUGGCGUGAAUCUGAGCUGUCACCAAGAUGCACCCAAUGAAGCCUCAAUGCAGACCGCGACUAGCCGUGCUGCUAGAGCGCGGUCGAUAAAGUUGCUGCGUAAGAUACACCGCCUCGAGGUUGAGUACGAGAUUCUCAAGGAUCUGAGUCAUCCGAACAUCAUCGACAUGAGGAAGGUGUUCAUCACGACCCAUCACAUCUACAUCAUGCAAGAACUCAUGACAGGCGGCGACCUCUUCUCAUACAUCAACUACAAAGGUGACACCCUCGGUGAUACUCUCAGCGCAGUCAUCACUCGUCAGCUACUCAAGGCUGUCGAAUAUCUGCACGAGAAUGGAGUCGUCCAUCGCGACAUAAAGCCCGAGAACAUCUUGAUGUCUUCUUGGCACAGCACUACCCGCGUCGUUUUGACUGAUUUUGGUUUAGCCAAGCGGAUCAGUCACUCUAGCGUCUCAAACAGCCAGCCAGGCAGGAUAUCUCGCAUGUUCUCGAGUUGUGGCACAUAUGGAUUUACAGCUCCUGAGAUCAACAGACUGAACCCGUUUAUGCCACAAAAUAAAGGUUACAGCAGUGCGAUAGACCUCUGGUCAAUCGGUUGUGUCAGCGCACUCAUGUUAACCGGCAGUCUCGCUUUCAACCACCGGGACGGUGAUCAAGAUAUCGGUCAGAUCAACUCACGGUCUAUCAGUGCCUAUGAUCUUACUCAGAUCGACCAAGGCAAUCACAGCUGGGAGGGGGUGCCAAAGAGAGCGAGAAAGUUCGUCACGUCUUUACUCGAAUUGCAAGAGGACAAGCGUUCAACCGCCAAGAAAGCGCUUGAGCACGACUGGUUCACCCACGACAUCUGCUCUGCACGCUUUGACGCUGUCUACGAAGCGUCCACCCGCGAUUGGAAGCCGAGUGCUACGCAAAAGGAGGACAUUAUUGUCAACAUCGAUACCAGUGAUAUUGCCGUUCCUACUCGCAGUGCUUCACAAAUUGUUCGCCAACGAUCCGACUCUGCAGUUGUCCAGUCAGAGUUCUUCCAAGCCCAGGAAGAAGCUGACGGCAGCCAGAGAGACUCAUCCUUCACUCCUGGUCGAUUCAGCGAGCACGAGCCAGAUAGCAAUAUCGUCCUGGCAGCUAGCCCUGCAUCUCAGCCAACGCAGAAUCCCUCUCAAUCUUCUGACCCCAACCAAGACCUUGGCUCUCUAAAACCAUCAGCACAGCUCAAGAACUUGCAGGCGUCUCCAGAGUUCACAUGGCCUUCAUCGCCUCCCAACAACCGCAGAAAGCGUCUGCCAUCUUCCGAAUUUCCUUGGUCUUGA